AUGCCCCCUCCCCUUCCUCCUCCUCCCGCCAUGCUGCCCUCUCCUGGCCCUCCCUGGCACUGCACCAUGUCCUCGUCGUACCUUCUGACUCUGCUGCUGCUCUCCUCUCUCCUGCACUCGCACCUCUGCCUCCUGCCGCAACCUGUCGUCACCACCAACUACGGGAAAGUGCGCGGGACCAAAGUCUCGCUCCCGAACGAGAUCUUAGGCCCCGUGGAGCAGUAUCUGGGGGUUCCGUAUGCCUUGCCGCCGGUGGCAGAGCGCAGGUUUCAGGCCCCGGAGCCGCCGCUGUCCUGGCCGGGGAUCCGCAACGCUACGAGCUUCGCCCCCGUCUGCCCGCAGCACCUGGAGGAGGACCGCUUCCUGCUCGGAGACAUGAUGCCCGUGUGGUUCACCGCUAACCUGGACACCAUCGCCCAGUACGUUCAGGAGCAGAGCGAGGACUGUCUCUAUCUGAAUGUCUACGUGCCCACGGAGGACGACAUCCAUGAUGAGAACGGCCUGAAGCCGGUGAUGGUCUAUAUUCACGGAGGGUCGUAUCUGGAGGGAACAGGAAACAUGAUCGAUGGAAGUAUUUUAGCGAGUUACGGAAACGUCAUCGUCAUCACCAUCAACUACAGACUGGGAGUUCUGGCUGUGAAACUGGACCAGGGCUAA